CAAGUCAGUGCCAGGGAGAGAUGCCUAUAGCUGCGGAGUGCCCCUGGCAUAUUGCAGCAGGAUGGAAGGUGAUGUGGAGGGGUAAGGGUUCUGUGCUGGUUAGAUCUGACAGCAGAGGCAGAUGCAGCAAGGCUCGCUCAUUGGCUGAUAGUCUGCACAUUGGGGGUAACAUGGAGUGAUACCUACAGCUAGUAACAGAAUGAGACAGCCACCGAACAGCUUCUCUUAUCUAUCUCUGCUUCUUCUCUGGGAAUGCGUUUUCAGUGAGCCUGGCUAUCUUCUCCUAAGACAGUCCCACCACACAGCUUUAAGCAAAUUUCCCAUCCAUGUGGACUUCAGUAUACAAGGCAACUACAGUUUAUCAACAAAUGUUUCGGUAAAUCUUCUGGAAGUCAAAAGAAACCAAAUAGUUACAAGUAAAGGGUUCCCAGCCAACCAGUCAGAGGGUGACCUGCAAUUUGAGUGUAUCCAUUUCAUUUCAGCCGGACUCUAUCAGUUUCAGAUGGUCCUCGAGACAGAAAACAAUAGUUCCAUUAUGUUUAUGAGUGGCCUCCUAAACGUCACCUGGCCAGUAUUUCAUAUUGACUUGAACAGAACAACAAAAGAAACGCUGAGAUCUUUCCAGGUCGGCAUCUUCACCAAUGAACAGUUGUGCUCUGGUUUUCCUGAUCGAGAACCCAAACUUCUACUGGAGGUUGAACACACGCACAGUUUUCAGGAGAUGGAGGAACCAAGUGCUGACAGAUUUAUGUUGUAUAAGACCUACAAGGAGGUCCCAUUGUCCUCCUCUCAGUGGGUAGAGUUUGAGUGUGCAUCUGUACGACCUGAAGCUUUUAUUACAGUGUCCCUUAAACCCAUGCUUUCUGAGUCAGUCAUUGCCUCUAUGGGACCUGUUGACCUUGUCAAGACCUUCAAAUAUAAACUGGUUACCAUAAUGGAAAAAAAAUGUGAUACCUCAAUAGCUAUUUCCAUUAUAGCCCCUCCAUGUAAUUAUGCAGAAGGGAAAAUAACUGUGUACAGAGAGUCGCCCAGGAGCCCGGGUGAAAGUGUCUCUACAUUAACCGAAAGUGCCCUACAAAAAGGAGAGAAGAGUUCUCUCUUCAACUGCUCCUUAUUUGAGAUUGGGAAAAACAAAUAUUGCUUUGAGUUUUUCAUGUCUUCAAGUGGAACUGUGAGUUACUCCACACCCCGAGCCAAGCAGUGUGUAGAGAUCCGGAGAGAAAUAGAGACAUGGAGCCAGUGGCAGCCAUGGAGCUCCUGCAGUGUUACAUGUGGAGAUGGCCACAGAGAGCGGUACAGAAGUUGUCUUUCAUCUUCGCCUGUAAAUGCCCAGUGCAAUGGAAACACCAAGGAGACAUCUCUCUGUUCUCUAGACGACUGCUUAGCCGUGAAACCUUCAAGCAAAUCUACCACAAAUACAAAAGACAACCCCAAAACAAGCAAUACUGUCACUAUCACUGGCAUUUCUGUUUGUCUUUUCAUCAUAUUCAUCACCAUUGUGAUCACAGUGUGGAGAAGGUUCACCAAGGUGGGCAAGUGCAGUUCAACAUCCAGACACGGCUCUUCCCACUCAGCAAGCUGUCGUAAAAACUCAGAUGAGGAGAACAUCUACCAAGUGAGGGAGAGCUUCUCAGAUGCAGGAGAUGGGCCCCAGGAGAUUAUGGAGGAAGAAGUCCAUAUACCCUUAAACUCCUGGCAAAGUACACACGUGCCUGAGGAACAAACAGUGGCAGAGAAUGACUGCCCACAAGCCAAUACUCAGAAGUUAAUACCGCCCAUUUUCAGCUAUCGUCUUGCCCAACAACAGCUAAAAGAAAUGAAGCAAAAAGGUCUGAAAGAGGCCACAAAGGUUUAUCACGUCUCUCAGAACCCAAUGGCAGACACCGCAGUAGAUGUUUCACUGGCUCCUCCUUUGGACCCUGAAAACUUAGAAGAAACUGCAGCUAAUAAGUUUAGGAUACAGUCUCCGUUCUUAGAAGCAAAGAAUAGCCAUAUCCGAAAUACCAAUGAGAGGCGUAGCUCAAGGUCUCUCUUUUCACCAACACAUGGCCCAAGUCAAACACUUCCCAAAAUUUCCCAUGUUAGGAACAGUGAUGCUAAAGGAAAGUAUGACAGAGGCUAUCAAAAAAAUAACUUUCGAAGAACUUCUAGUUUUCAUGAAACCAAACACGUUAAACCCUAUAGAGAAAGAAGUCUGACAUCCCUUUCUCCAAGGCAUACAAUGGUAUAUAACUCAAGGACCAAGAUGUGGGAAAAUGCUACAGUAGAGAGACCUAAUCCUAAACUAAUAAGAUUCGAGAAGAGCCCACAGAAUCUUACCAGAGGCAUCUCUUUCCCUCUUGAUGCCACAGAACAGUCCCCAAAAGGUCAAUAUCUACAGCCAGGGGUAAGUAAACCUGAUUUACUAUGUAGCCGGAUUACUGCUGGUAAACCCAAACCGGAGAGAUCAGAUCAAAACCGAACACGAAAAGGUCAAUCACCAGUAAAGUCUUGGAAGAGGGGUCAGGAUGCUUCACCUUCCCCAAAGGACAAUACCUACCAAUGGAACCAUGCCCACAGUCCAUCACACUACCGGAGAGAGAAAUGCCAGAGUUUUCCUUGGGGUGCAGAUUAUUCCUUUUAUGAUAAUUCCACAUUUGGACUCACAGACGCUGAGCAACAGAUGCUUGACCUACCUGGGUAUUUUGCCUCGAAUGAAGAGGAUGAGACAAGUACCUUAAGCAUUGAAAGACUGGUCCUCUGAUGAUGCGGUCAUGGUCUACACAUCUGCUUUCUUUGUGUACUUUGCACAUUGACGGACAAAGAUGUUGUAUUGUCACAUUGUACUGUAGUGACCAUAAUAAGAAUACAAAGACAACACAUUCAAUCUUAACAACACUGUUGGCAUAUGUUAUAAAGAGCCUGGGGGAAUUUCGCAAACAUUUUGCACCAGUUUUGUUAUGUAAAAAAAAAAGUAUAAAUUAAACCACAUGCCGUUUAUGUGAAUUUAUUGUAUAUCUAUAGGAAAGCUGAAAAUGCACAAGCGCUUUAUCUCCGGCUUUCCUGUAGAGAUAGAUGGAGAGAAGAAAACAAGUGCCAACCAGGCACAAUCAUGCC